GCCUGCUAGAAGAAAGAAGAGGCGUCUUUCUUCUUUGUUGAACAAAGGAAACGCGUCAGGUCCAUUUUCUUUUGAAAAAAAUUCCUAAACAAAAUUUAACGUUUAAACUUUUAUUCAAAAAAAAUAAAUAAAUAAAAAUACGUUAUAGAACUAUACUUUACGAGAACCUCAAAAUGAGUGCAAAUAGGGUACGAAACUAUCUGGUGGGACGGAGGGAGUAUAUGAUAUCUAUCACUUAAUACGUAUAUGAUAUCUAUCAAAAAUAUUUGUAUUUAUGUGCAUAUGCAUUGAUGCGAUUACGUUUGAUUUGACAUUUUUGAAGAUAUGUGGACAUCUAUACAUCUAAAAGACGUGUCUUUAUUCGCAUGUAACAGACUCGCUGUUAUCAGCGUCGUACACGUUAAUUUACCUGUUACAUAUUGAUUUGAUAUAAAAUUAUGCUCCUUUUAAUAAUUGUAAUAUUACAAUUUUCAACAUGGUACACUUAUUUACCUAUUACAUAUUAAUUUCAUAUAAUACUAUGCGAUUUUCAGGAAUCAUAAUAUUUCAAUUUUCAAUUCAUAAUUCAAUCUCAUCACCUUGUUCAUUCAAAACCGCCUUCCCCGUCUCACCUCUUCUUCUCGCGCACAGUCUCGCACACUCCCUCAGAUCUGCAGAAAAUAGAUUACGGUAAUGUAGAGUUUAUUAUUUUGUAAUUUCUUGUACUUUACAUGAUUCAUGAACACAUUUUAUUUCGUGGUAUACAAUGAUGGUGGAUACUUGGCAACCAAAAAAAAUAAUCCGAGCUUCCGUUAUUUUUGAUUGAUAUGCAUCUGACUGAUUUAUAGGUACAUGUAAAACAGUCUGUCACAGUCAAGUGUCAAAUUGUGUGGAGGGACGGUAAAUAUAUAUAUGAAGAUGGCCAUCAGCAACAACAAUAAUGAUCGAGAGAAGGUUCUUAUCAGGAAGGCUUUUAUGGCUAAGCUGUUGACAUGUUCCAUCUGCAACAACAUCUUCAAGGAUCCUGUUAAUAUUUCAGAGUGCCUCCACAUAUUUUGCAACAGAUGCAUACGCGAGAAGAUAGAAGAGGAAAAUUUGAACAGAUGCCCUGUGUGCAGCUUAUAUCUUGGUUCUAUGCCACUGGAUAAGCUAAGGCCAGACCACAGCUGGAGCGCGAUUACAGCAUCAAUUGGACCUUCUCUAGGACAGGCAGUGAAGGUUGAUGAUGAGAUUUCUAGUGGAGAAGCAGAGCAAUCUUCCCCAUCGCCUGCUAGAAGAAAGAAGAGGCGUCUCUCUUCUUUGUUGAACAAAGGAAGCGCAUCAAGUCCAUAUACGUUUGAGAGAAGAAAAAAAGAAAAUGGAAGAAGAAUAUUUUCUUCUCAAGGAUCAGAUUCACCCCUAGACAAUCCACAAAAAUCAACGGAUGGACGCUCACAGGGUUCAAGAUCAGACAAGAAUUUACGCAAAUCUGAUUCAUUUAAUAAGCAGUUUUCUGCUGUGGAGUCGUCUAAGCAGCAAAUCCGGAGAAAAAGUAGAGACAGAACUCAAAAAAAUGACAAGCGGAUGGAAUUGGUGAGUAAUUUGCUGAAACCUCCAACAGAAUUAGAAAACAUUAGAAACUAUGCUAAAUCUGUUAAGAAGGGGGAGAUAUCCUGCAAGACUACCAGUAUAUCAAAAUGUGAAGCCACGAGCUCAGGAAAGGACUUAAGAAGCUGUGAUGUUCCGACUAGACCUAUAAGGAAGACUCGUUAUCAGACCAAACAAGCAGACGAACAACAAGGAUCAAAAUUUCCUACACCAGCUGUUGAAGAUACUGCAACCACUCAGCAUACGAAACGAGUAGCUCCAGUUUGGCUUUCCUUAGUUUCUGCUGUUAACCAGGAAGGAGUAAGAGCACUGCCACAAAUCCCUUGCCGCUUCUUGAUGAUUAAGGACGCUACUGUACCAAUUUCGUCAAUUAAGAAGUACCUUUCGCAGAAACUGGGCCUUGAUAGCAAAGAAGAGGUUGAGAUCACCAUGCGCGGUUCGGCUCUUCCUUCCAGCUUGGAGCUACAUGCAGUAGUUGAUUUGUGGUCACAAACAAUGUCAAGUUCAGAAAAGUUUUCAGCAAAGGUGGGAGAGUCUGCUGAAAACUUUGUCAUGGUACUUUGUUAUGGUCGAAAGUAUCUGUGCCGACGUAACAGAAGGAUUAGCAUGCCAGGAAGAUAUGAUGAUAACAUAUGACUUUCAACCAUAUAUUCCGAGACAGUUCCCAGCAGGCCACCAUGCAUACAAGAUAGGUACAGCAAAUGUGCUAAAGAUUACCCAUAGGCAUCAACAUCUUGGCGUUUGACUAUUUUAGCAGUAGAUGUUCAUGGUACAGACUUUUUUUUUUAUGUAUUAAUUACUUCAAACUUGAACACCUAAAGCUUUAGGAAGAUACAGUUACUCACCUUAGCAAACUUGAUUAUAAAAGCCUGAAACCAUUAAACUC